AUGGCCGGGCUGCGCGAGGCCGGCGCGACUAGAGCAGAUAAGGGCAACUACAAUCUGCCCACCUGUCCUCGCGAGCCUCACGGCACUGGGAGUAGCUCGGAGAGGAGGAAGGAGAAGUCCCGAGAUGCUGCAAGGUGCCGGCGAAGCAAGGAGACAGAGGUCUUCCAUGAGCUUGCACAUGAAUUGCCCCUGCCUCACAGCGUAAGCUCCCACCUGGACAAGGCCUCCAUCAUGCGGCUGGCUAUCAGCUUCUUGCGAACACACAAGCUUUUGUCUUCAGUUUGUUCUGAAAAUGAGUCUGAAGCUGAGGCUGACCAGCAGAUGGACAACUUGUACCUGAAAGCCUUGGAGGGUUUCAUUGCUGUGGUGACCCAAGAUGGUGACAUGAUCUUUCUGUCAGAAAACAUCAACAAGUUCAUGGGACUCACACAGGUGGAGCUAACAGGACACAGUAUCUUUGACUUCACUCAUCCCUGUGACCAUGAGGAGAUCCGUGAGAACCUGAGUCUCAAAAAUGGCUCUAGUUUUGGGAAGAAGAGCAAAGACAUGUCCACAGAGCGGGAUUUUUUCAUGAGGAUGAAGUGCACAGUCACCAACAGAGGCCGAACCGUCAACCUCAAAUCAGCCACCUGGAAGGUCUUGCAUUGCACUGGCCAGAUGAAGGUCUACAACAACUGCGCCCCUCACAGUAGUCUCUGUGGCUACAAGGAUCCCCUGCUCUCUUGCCUCAUCAUCAUGUGUGAGCCCAUCCAGCACCCAUCACACAUGGAUAUCCCCCUGGACAGCAAGACCUUCCUGAGCCGCCACAGCAUGGACAUGAAGUUCACUUACUGUGAUGACAGAAUCACAGACCUAAUUGGUUACCACCCUGAGGAGCUGCUGGGCCGCUCAGCCUAUGAGUUCUACCAUGCAUUGGAUUCAGAGAACAUGACCAAAAGUCACCAGAACUUGUGCACCAAGGGUCAAGUGGUGAGUGGCCAGUACCGGAUGCUCGCAAAGCACGGGGGCUAUGUGUGGCUGGAGACCCAGGGGACAGUCAUUUACAACCCCCGCAACCUUCAGCCUCAGUGCAUCAUGUGUGUCAACUAUGUCCUAAGUGAGAUUGAGAAGAACGAUGUGGUAUUCUCCAUGGACCAGACUGAAUCCCUGUUCAAGCCCCACCUGAUGACCAUGAACAGCAUCUUUGACAAUAGUGAUGAGGUGCCCGUGUCUGAGAAGAGCAACUUCCUGUUCACCAAGCUGAAGGAGGAGCCCGAAGAGCUGGCCCAGCUGGCCCCCACUGCAGGAGAUGCCAUCAUUUCCUUGGAUUUCGGGAACCAGAACUUUGAGGAGUCCCCAGCCUACAGCAAGGCUAUCCUGCCCCCAAGUCAGCCGUGGGCUGGGGAGUUGAGCCACAGCACCCGGAGAGAGGCGGGAAGCCUGCCCGCCUUCACUGUGCCCCAGGAAGCCGCCCCAGGCAGCACCACUCCCAGUGCUACCAGCAGCAGUGGCUGCUCCACGCCCAGCAGCCCUGGAGACUAUUACACAUCUCUGGAUGAUGAUCUGAAGAUUGGAGUGAUCGAGAAGCUCUUUGCCAUGGACACUGAAGCAAAGGAUCAGUGCAACACCCAGACUGAUUUCAAUGAGCUUGACUUGGAGACUCUGGCUCCCUACAUCCCCAUGGAUGGAGAAGACUUUCAGCUAAGCCCCAUCUGCCCAGAGGAGCGGCUCCUGCCGGAGAACCCCCAGUCUAACCCUCAGCACUGCUUCAGCACCAUGACAAACAUCUUCCAGCCCCUGGCCCCAAUGGCCUCUCAGAGCCCCUUCCUCCUGGACAAGUAUCAGCAGCCACUGGAAAGCAAGAAGACAGAGCCCGAGCACCGGCCCAUGUCCUCCAUCUUCUUUGGUGGUGGGAGCAAGGCGUCCCUGCCACCAUGCUGUGGCCAAGCCAGCACCCCUCUCUCCUCCAUGGGGGGCAGGUACAAUACACAGUGGCCUCCUGAUCCACCAUUACACUUUGGGCCCACGAAGUGGCCUGUUGGAGAUCAGCAUACUGAGUCCUUGGGGACAUUGCCGCUGGGGCCCCCUGUCACCUCACCUCAUCUGUCCAUGUUCAAGAAGAGGUCUGCAAAGGGGUUCGGGGCUCGGGGCCCAGAUGUGAUGAGCCCAGCCAUGGUAGCCCUCUCCAACAAGCUAAAGCUGAAGCGACAGCUGGAGUUUGAGGAACAAGCCUUCCAAGACAUGAGCAGGGGGGACCCGCCAGAUGGCAGUGCUUCACAUUUGAUGUGGAAACGGAUGAAGAGCCUCAGGGGAGGAAACUGCCCCUUGAUGUCAGACAAGCCACUGAGAGCAAACAUACCCAAUGAUGAGUUUCCCCAAAACCCUAUGAGGGGCCUAAGCCAGCCCCUGAGACACCUGCCACCACCACAGCCACCAUCAGCCAUGAGCCCUGGGGAGAACAUCAAAAAUGGGUUUUCCCCACAGUGUUACGCCUCCCCAUACCAGGACUACAGCCUGCCAGCAGCUCACAAGGUGUCAGGGAUGGCCAGCCGGCUGCUCGGGCCCUCAUUUGAGCCCUAUAUGCUGCCUGAAUUGACCAGAUAUGACUGUGAGGUGAAUGUUCCUGUGCCCGGAAGCUCCACGCUCCUGCAAGGAGGGGACCUCCUCAGAGCCCUGGACCAGGCCACCUGA